UUCAUAAAAAAUUUCCAUUUUUCAGAUAACAAAACGACAGACUUUUGACAAACUUCCCAUUCAAGCAAACGUUUAUCCCAUGACCACUAUGAGUUACCUACAAGACAAUAGCACUAGAUUCACCCUUCUCACUGGACAGUCGCUUGGUGUUGCUGCUCUGAAACCAGGAUGGUUAGAAGUGUUCUUAGACAGGAGAUUGAAUCAGGAUGACAACCGCGGCCUUCAGCAGGGUGUGACAGAUAACCGCAGGACACCCAGCAAGUUCAGGAUUUUAGUCGAAAGACCGACAUACAACAUGCCACAGAUGCAGCCAGAAGCAAAUUCUUACCCUUCGCUGUUGUCAUUACACGCUUCGCUGUCAUUGCUUCAUCCGGUUUUCAUCAUGGUCAGGCAGUGGGUCAAAACGGGGAACGAAGUCCUUCUGAGACCUUCAUAUUCGCCGGUGGGAACUCCUCUACCCUGUGAUAUGCAUUUGUUAAAUUUGAGAACAUUAGUAAAUGGAUCCGCCCUGCCGACAAAUGCGACUGCUCUGUUUCUCCACCGGAUGGGAUUCGACUGCAGUUAUAAAAUGUGGGGUACCAGCUGUUCUUUGAAAAAUGGAACGAUAAAUAUUUCGGAUACGUUUCCAAACUAUUUUGGCCCUCAAGUGGAAGAAAUGUCGCUUUCUCUGAUGUACUCUUGGUCCAAAUUUUCGAAAGACUCCAACAUCCAAUUGCCUCCCAUGGAGAUCGUGGUUCUAAAGCUGAAUCGAAGUUGACCGUGAGUUUGACGGCGUGCCGUUACGUUCCUAUUCAUCCCACCAUUCCUUUCGGUCGAUUUUAUUUCCCCAAUGGACCGACAUGUGUCGCAGACACAUUUAUAUACUAUAAAAAAACAAUACAAAAACAAAAGAUCACAGACGUUCAAGGCAACGUCGUUUGUCGAGCGGAGACAUGCUCAAAAAAUUUCAAAAAAAACGAAUUGAAA